AUGGCUGAGUUCAAAUGGAUUUCUUUAUUUCUUAUAGCGGUGCUUCAGUUUACAGAUAAAUCUGACCGACUCAGCGUUACAGCAAAAUGUUCUCUGGUUAUAAAAAAUGUCACAGUCGAGGAUGUUGGUCGUUACUCCUGCAGACAGUUCAGAUCAGGACGACAACAAGGUCCAGAUGCUCAUGUUCAACUGUCUGUUAUUAACCUGGAUCAACAUCAGAACAGUGAUACAGACAUCUUGUUCUGCGCUGUGUUGACGUAUGACGGGUGUGAAUACACAGUCGAGUGGUUGUAUGAGGGUAAUAAGAAUGACUUGGAGACGUCACAGCUUACCUGUUCAGCCACUGUGACAUUUACAACUCCUCCUCUUGAUCAGAAGUCAAACUACUAUGAGUUACUGAAGUGUAAAGUGACAGAUAAUAAGAGUGGACAAGUGCUGCUGUGCAAUGUUGGCCUCCAGUCCUCGUGUGAGAAAACAGGAAGCACAUUAGAGGGGAGAAACAAAACAUCAUCUGCAAAGGAUGUGCAAGCUUGUACAGAUUGUUCUGCUCUGAACUACAUAAUGUUGGUUAUGCGUGUGGCUGAACUCCUCCUAAUCACUGCGAUUACUGUUCUUCUCAUCAGAGCUCGAGGUUUUGAACUCAGUAAGAAGCCGAACAGUGAAGCGUUCUGGUCCAGCAGCCAGUCAGUGGCAGAAACACAGUAACUGAUGGUGCGUUCAGGUGAAUGAUGAUGAAGAUGAUGGUGUGGUGAACUAUGAAAACUUUGGAGACCCUUCUGCCUCAGUCAGACUCCGCUGAUCAACAACUUCCAUAUCAACAUCAACUCACCAGAGAAAAGACUCCACUGCAGUUAAAUAACAUCAUGGAGUCAGUAACAGUCUUCUCUUUGUUAUAUCUGAUAACAAUAUAAUCUGCAAAUAAAGAAAUGUUUACCACUUAA